GUGUCUUUGUGGGGCGUUCAGCAGCACAUUAUCGUCGCGUCUAUCCACAGCUCCAGGAAUGGACUGACUUUCUAGCUUCACCACCACUGACAAGUCCACUCUGUUUCUUCACGACUCCUCGGAUAAACGUUAAGAGUUUAACUCAAGCCUGGGAUCAUUUUAAUUUGAUGUUGAUUAGCCGUCCGAGCGACACAGAUUGUCUUUUCACUCGCGCGACUUAUUUUUAGCCGCUGGACGAAACUGGAUUGAACUUAAACGAACCCGCAGACAUUUUGUUAUUUCUGAGAAUAAGAGCGUUUUUUUUUCUCCCCCCCCUUACUUUUUCAUCAGUCGCAGCUGGCUGAAGCGAGCGAACGGAACGCUUUAAAGGACCGCCACAAGGCGAAGGAAGAAACAAUAACCCUCUCUGCUCGCUAACUAAAUCCAGACCCCACGGUGUUCCUAUCGUUUUUAAUUUACACGCGUUGAGCUCGCAUCGCUGCCGCUUGUGCGUUAAAGGCGGAAGGCUUGCAACUGCGAUGGAUCAUUUUGACUGACAGCUUUUGAAGAAUUAGCUAGCUUAGCCAGUGAGGAACCAGCACUGGUCGUGGUUUCCUGUUUACAGACGCAGUAAAUACGGGCUCGGGACAGGUAACGUUACAGCUGAAUGGUCUUGCAUCAACCAGACAAGACACCGGCACUUUUACCUCGCGAACGACGGCAAAGUACAUCACUUAUAUUCGGCUUAAUUUUUCAGUGGGGGUCGCUGGCUACCGUUAGCUAGCUAGCUAGUCAUCCUGCUACCGCUGGACAGCUCCUGUGUAAGGCAGGGCUAACGUUAGCUUUGGACAAAGGACCAACGCAGGGAAAAUAUAAACACAGGGCACUCAGUCGAUCGUGUUUGGGAAGGAAAGCAACAAACAAGGAAUUGACAUGAUGUUUCCACAAUCAAGACACUCAGCUUCAUCGCAGCAGCUGAAAUUCACAACCUCGGACUCCUGUGACAGGAUCAAGGAUGAGUUCCAGUUCCUCCAAGCACAAUACCACAGUUUGAAGCUUGAGUGCGACAAGUUGGCCAGUGAGAAGUCAGAGAUGCAGCGCCAUUAUAUCAUGUACUAUGAGAUGUCCUACGGGCUCAAUAUUGAGAUGCACAAACAGGCUGAGAUAGUGAAGAGAUUGAACGGGAUCUGCGCACAAGUCCUCCCCUACCUGUCUCAGGAGCACCAACAGCAGGUCCUGGCCGCCAUAGAGAGAGCCAAGCAGGUCACCCCCCCAGAGAUGAACUCCAUCAUAAGGCAGCAGCUCCAGGCUCACCAGCUGUCUCAGCUCCAGGGCCUGGCCCUGCCCAUGACCCCCCUGCCGCUGGGCCUGACCCAGCCAACCCUUCCCGCCGUCACCACCUCCUCCGGCCUCUUCUCCCUCUCCUCCCUGCUGGCUUCCCAAGCCCAGCUGGCCAAGGAGGAGAAAGCUUCGCGUGACGGAGUUGACAGCCACCGCGAGGAGGACGGAGACAAGUCUGAUUAGAUGGUGUCCCUAUUCAGCUCUGUUUUUGUCCAGAGACCUGAAUCCCCAGAUCUGAACCCCCUUGGUCUACAGCCUCUCCCCUGGUCUCCCUCUCUCUGACCUUAGCAACAUGGGCUUCAGUCCCAUCACCACAGCUCCAGCUAGUCCUGAUCGCUUCAUAUUUACCAGCCUUGGCUUGUUACUUUAUUCUCCCUUCUCACCAUCAGUGUCUCCUGUGUCUUUUCUCCAAAUACAGUCUCUUUUUUUGUAUGUGAUUAAGCUUCAGUUAUCUUUUUUUCAUCAGGACUGCUUUCUUUUUCUGCUCCUUCCUGCCUUCCUGUUGCUGUGUCUCUGUUCUUAUUCCUGUUGAGUUUCUGUUCUUCCUCCCACUCUCACCCACCUCUUGCCUCUGUUCUAAGCGUGUCCUUGUUAUGCAGGACUGAUCCUGAGACUGAACACACUGUACUGUAGGUGUUAAAACAAGCUAAAUGUUAAACACAUUCUUUGGCAAGGUGUAACACUUGUCAGACACAACACAGGAUUCCUACAAACUUCAUUUUCCUUAGAAAGAGCUCUGACAGAGAUCAGUAGUGGUGAUAUUUUUGGCAGCACAGAUUGCAUGCAUUCAUUCCAAGCUACAAGUUGGUUUUGAGUUUAACGGUGGAGUGUUAUGGAUCAGAGAAGUGUUUAAAUAGUGCCCCGACUAAAAAGCGAAACAACCCAAAACACAUCCUAACCCAAAAACUAGCAUGAAAGCAGCAGACAUGUCGUAUUGAGAAGACAAAGUAGAGAUGUGUGUUUACUCCGAAAUUUAUAUUGAGAGAGGAUAAGCACCUUCUUAGAGCAAACUUCAUGCUGAGAGCUGUCAGAUUAGAGAACCCACCCAACUAAGUAAUCUCUCCUGCACCCCUCCCCCCCCAUUUUGUAAUCCUUGCCUGACCCUGUGAGGUACGUUAGAUGAAUCCACCCAGCACCUUAACUGAAAGGCAACAUUUUCUAAAGUAGUUAAAUAAACAGAGAUGCCGCUUGCCUCCUGCACCCCCCACCACCAUUUGCAUCUUUAAUGUGCACCAAUAUUAGAGCAGGCACAGAGGGGGGGAGAGUGUGCAUGUUGUGUGUUUGACAGCAGAGGGCAGUGUGUAUUUCCAGAGCAAACAAGGACAGGACAAGUCCAGGCUGUGUCCCAAGAGGGAAUGUGUGUACAAACUUAAUAUACAGAGGCUAGACUGGUGACAUUAAUCUCUGCAUGCAGUCAGUCCCAGUCUCCGUCAUGAUCCAGUUCUUGAGAAAUAGUCUUUGGUCUGUUUUUAAGAAACAUCUCAGCGUGACACAGAGACACAACUGGACCCAUGCUUUUGAUCCCUCGGUAAAUCCGGAUUUAAAUACUGUACAUUUUGAUUUACUGUACAUAUAGAAGUCUGUCACAUAUCAGACUAGCACUACAUUAACCGGGCGGUUUAACACCUACGUGCAACACUUAGUGGGACCUAACAAAAUGACAGUGCAGAUCACACUGAUGAAGCACAAGCGUCUUCCACAGCAUGAGUAAAAACUCCCCCUCAACUUCACAGGCCCUGUUUUCAAUUAGUUUGUCUCAUUAAGCCUCUCGUCAGGUGGAAGUUGGCUGGCGCUAUGCUGGGAAUAAUAGGAUGGAUGGAUGGAAUUGUAUAGCUCCCUCAAACAUUCCCGGUGGCCCAGCGGUUAACACCCGUAUCAAAUAAUGACUACAUCCCCAGUUUGAUUCUGGAAGUCUGUGGAACACAAUAAAAACACGAUAUAGGACUCUUUCCAUUUAAUUACUUAACACUGAACAUGAGGCAUCCACGUUCACUUCUGUAUUUUUAAGAGCCAGGUCAGAUAUAUUAAAAUUUUUUCGAAAAAAGUCUCCUCAGUCCAACUAACGACAAGACUUAACACUAUUACAGGUUGUAAACCGUAACCCCGAUGUGAACAGUGAAACGACUAGACGUUUGAUGAAGAUCCUCUUUGUGGAAACACCUUUGUGGCGGGACUACAGACGUGUAGAGGCUUUAACGGGUCUAGUAGCAGCCAAAACUCGCAUUUCUGCGAGAGGUAGAGAAGUACCAAACCCACAGACAGAGAGAGACACAGAAACACACGCAUGCCUUUUCCUAGCCUCCCCUCUCCGAUUUAAAGGCUACACUGUAAAAAUCAAUUGAUGUGAAGUGUGAAAUAAACAAUACUUUGAUUUAGAAGAACACUCAAAACGAUAUUUGGCAUGAUGAUGAUGAUGAUGAUGAUGAUGCACAUUAUACUGUGGAAGUCAUUCAGAAAGCAAAGGUAUACAAAUUGCACGUUGCUGACUUCAAAAUAACACCCUUAAUGUGUUCAAAAGUUCAGAUGACAUACUGUCGGUGACAAUGGUGGGCGACUCCUUCGUUGGUGCCCAUAGUUGUGUGUGUGUGUGUGUGUGUGUGUGUGAACAGAAUCAAGGUGUGUAUAAACAGUUGUACAGGCUUGACGCACAGAGAUGAAAUGUUCUUGCUACAACUUAAGCUAACAUGCUAUCCUGCUUGUGAAUUAAGCUCGCAGCACAUCGUCCUGCCACAUACUGUGUGUGUCUGGCUACAUACUGUACUCGUCGUAGUGAUUGGCAGAGAGCGUGUAGACACAGCGACAAACACACACAAACGCACACAUCAAUGCAUGUUUGCAGGGAAACCGAGAUUGAUUUCUUUUGUAGUGGAGACAUUUUUUUUAAAAAAUGUUUGGUCCAAACUUUGUGAUCAAUGCACUUGUUUUUUGUUCCCCCCCCCCCCUUUGUUUUUAAAUAUUAAUCGAUAUGAACUAGAACGAGAGUUACAAAGCUGACGUUAUAAACAUACAAAUGAAAUUCUAUGUAUUUGUUAAAGUAGUUGGAGGCGCUCACCUCUGUAUACAGUUAUACAUAGAAAGCUUUAUGUGUAUAUAGCUGCAUCUUUUCUUGUCUGUCCUGGAUGAUUUUUGUGCUAUUGUGUUACAAAACUGAUGUGACACCAGGGGGGAAACUGCAGUGUGUUGACCUUUUGACCUUUAACCCCCCUCCCUUCUUUUCUGCCCCCCUCCCUCCCCCCAUUCCCAAUCCCCUUCACUCCUAAGCCACAUCUCUCCUUCCCAACUUUUUUGCCCCCAUAGCGUGAAGCAUUGUAAGCGUUUUGAGCUUUGUAAAGGUCUUUUUUUAAAUACUUAUUUUGUGCAUAAUGUAAAACCUAAAAGUGUGUACUUUGGCAAAAAAAAAAAUGUUUUGUGUCUGAAAUCAUAGCUUCAUUGAAACAAAAAAAAAAAGGAACUAUAAAAAAGUAAAACAAACAUUUACUAUAAAUAAUAUGAAAUGUUCUGCAGUAAGGAAGGACUUCUGGUGCCUUACAAAUAAAGUCAAUCAAAUCAUAA